AGUGAGCGGUUCUGGAUGCACCCAAUCAGUAGAUCAAUUCAGAAAUGUUAGAUUCUACAUUUGCAUCUAAAAAUUGAUAAAGAGAUGAGCCUCUUAACGCAUUUUAUUGGUAGUUUGCAAACUACUAAACCUUUUAUCAAUACUAGUACCAGUAACUUAGCAUGUGUUAGAUAUGCAUCAAAAAAAGCCAGCAGCAGUACAAGAAUUAAACCUGGUCAUCCAAGACCAAAACAUAGAGGAUGGAAAGUACAAGAUGGACACUUAGUUAAAGAAAGACAGUUAUUAGCUACACAACUUACACCUAGAUUUCAUCCAGGACUUUAUGUUGGUAUGGGUCGUAAUGGUACAUUAUAUGCUAUGGAACCUGGAACAGUAAUGGUCACAUGUGAAAAAAUCAAUCCAAAUUCAAGUUCCUGGGCUCAACGUUUCUAUGGAGGCAGAGGAGAAACCCCUAUAUACAAGAAACAUUUUAAUGUUAUUCCUGAACCAAUGCAUGACAGAUUUAUUUUAAUUGAUACUGUGUAGAUAAAAUAUUGUAGUUAUACUUUCGUUUCAUUUAUGAAUUAAAAGUACAAAUUGAUGACAGCAGGAAAA